AUGUCAAAAGCAUUUGACACCAUUCAGCGACACCGACUUCUGGCCGUUUUGGAGACCUUCCUACUUCCGGAUGAUCUACGUUUGGUAAGGUUGCUCAUCGCUAACACGACGCUGAGUGUUCGACUUGGAGGUUUUGAGUCUACCCCUUUCCACACAACAAUUGGCACUCCACAGGGAGACUCACUUUCCCCUGUGCUAUUUGUAGUCUAUCUAGACGCAGCACUGCGCGAUGUCCUCGCCACAGCCCCACCUCGCUCUCCUGCAGAUAGCACUCUACCAAUCGACAUCAUCUACGCGGACGACACCGAUUUUGUCAGUACCUCAUCUGCUUGGCUAGCUCAGCUUGAACCUCUUGCCGCAACAGUUCUCGGGCAAUGGAAUCCCCAUGUCAACGCAGAGAAGACCGAACACACAAAACUCACCCGGCAGCAGGAUCGAGUCUCGGAAGAAUGGAGAAUGACGAAAAAGUUAGGUUCUCUGAUUGGUGACGACGAAGACAUCACCAGGCGAAAACAGCUCGCCACAGCGUCCUACAGAGCAAUGUACAGUCUUUGGAAGCGGAGAACAUUAGUGCGUGAGGAAUUGAGACUGAGGCUGUACAACGCAUUCGUGAUGCCAGUCUUACUGUACAACAGCGGCACCUGGGCACCCACUUCAGUGGCCGAGGCCCAACUGGAUUCGUUUCACGGCAGGCAGUUGCGUAGUCUCAUCGGUAUUAGGUGGCCACAAACAAUAAGCAAUGCUGCUCUCUACAAGAGGUGCAAAGCACAACCCAUAUCUAACUUUGUUCGCCUAGCCAGAUGGAGACUCUUUGGCCAUAUACUGCGCAUGCCUGACGGAUGUCCUGAGGAUGAUUAA